GGAGCCCGGCCCGGCCCUUCUUUAAGAUCACCACCCGCCCCCAUUGCCCUCUCCCACCUCUCUCUCUCUCUCUCUCUCUCUCUCUCUCUCUCUCUCGUCAUCCCCAUUCACCAGCUAGCUUGAGCUAGCUUGCUCUUCUCUGCUGCAAGCUGCUGAUCGGUUCUUUGAUCUUUCCGGGAGGGAAGCGCCGGGAGUUGGCUGUUCUGUCAGGCUGGCUCUUGACAUGUUCAGAUCGAAGGUCCAGGAGAUGAUCCUCAGGAGGAGGUCCAGGUCCAUGAACGGCGCCGCGCAGCACGCCGGCAGCUCGCCCACGGCUUCGUGCGACGGUGGAGGCGGCAAGGGUGCUGCUGCUCGUGCGCCGUCGUUCGCGGCGCCGAGGCUGCUGCACUCGUCGUCGCUGCCGGCCGGCGGCCGCGCCGCGGUCGUCAUCGGGAGCCCCGCGCGGGACCCCGAGGCGAUGUUCGCCUACGCCAUGAGCCCCACCUCCGUGCUGGACGCGUCGGCGGCCUUCGGGUCGCCCGGCCCGGCCGUGGACGCCGGAGGGGCCAAGCGCCGUCCGUGGUGCGACGGUUGCGCGGGGCCGCACGGGCUCGCCGACGUGCUGGACUGCGCCCACGAGGCCCAGCGGAGGAAGAACGUCCUCCGGGGCGCUGUGAGGGCGCAGGCGCCGGCCCUGGUGCGGUCGUCCUCCCUGGACCGGCGCGUGGAGUUCGGCGUCAAGAACAAGAGCUCGUGGCUGCCGCUGCGCGCCGCCCGCGCGGCGACGGAGGCGGAGGAGGACGGGCCGUCGUCCGAGGACUACACCUGCGUCAUCUCCCGCGGGCCCAACCCGAGGACGGUGCACAUCUUCGGCGACCGCGUCGUGGAGGGCGACCGCGCGCUGGAGAGCCCGCCGCCGGCGCCGGCGCGCCAGGGCAGAGGCUUCCUCAGCCUGUGACGCCAUGCCCAUGCCACCGAUAGUAGCAAUCCUUCCAUGAUGCGUGCGUGCGUGCUCCGGUAAAGUAGUAAGUCCUGUUGAUGCUGUCAGUAUUUUGUUCUUGGAUCGAUCGAUCUCGAUGAGAUGAUCAGGCAGAUGCCUCUUGGAUCAGAUGAUCAAACAGAUUGGGUUUUGUCUGUACUGUAAUAUAUAGGAAUUCUAUAUCUCUUUGCUGCAACAACAUGUUUGUACAAGAGCAAGAUCACAUCCGAACAUGUAAAAUUAGUAGCUUAUGAAUGAAUUGAUCGUUGAAAAUGCACUGGAUUUCUUGGUUGCC